AUGGAUAUACAAUAUUUGCUGGAGUUUCCUAUUGAAAAGCUGAAGCUUCGGCUUCUUAUUUCCGAGCUAGCAGUGGAUGGUAUGUCCAUAACCUUUGAGAUCGCCUUUGGCUUUGGGGGAUCAGUCGCCAAUCAGACAGACACGACGUUCCUCAUGAAUAUCCACUCAAACUCCCCCGCCGCUACGGAACCAAUCCCCAACCUCGUUCGAUGUCUAUUGGGCGCUGACAUCCAGGCCGCUACGCUUCUACUUCUGCACAAGAUGGGGAAAAUGUUAGUUUCACAUACUUGCUGGCGUAGCUUGGGCAUUUUCUGA